AUGAACACCGCCGUCCUCGCCUGCGCUCACCGCCUCUGCCUGCUCCCCUUUGAGCUCCUCCAGCAGGUCGGCAGCCAUCUAGCUGCCGACGACCCCGACGCGCUCGAUGCCCUCGCCGCGUCGUGCCCCCGUCUCAAAGACGUGAUCGCCUCCCCCCACACCGGCGCCUUCAUCUUCGGCGAGGUCUUCAACACCGGCGCCAUCCACCGCCGCGUCAGCUGGAUCCCCGCCCGCCACCUCGCGCCCGAGGCGUCCAGCGCGCCCCCCGGCGCGUGCGGCAUCCACCUCCGCCCCCACCACUUCAGCGGCCAGCUCCAGGCGUACUUCGAGAACGUGCGCACGCCGCUGCUCAGGCGCGUCCCGCCCUCCGACCCGGACGCGGAGUCCGCGAUCAUGCACGCCUUCAUCAUGCUCAUUGUCGACGACGGCCGGAACGCGCAGAUGCUCGACCGCUGGGGCGCGUACGACUUCGCGAUGGCCUACGUGCUCAUGCGCAUCGAGGCGGACAGCCAGCCGAAGGACGCGGAGCAGGCGGCGCGCGGCGCGUGUCCCUGGCCGUCGAUGGACGACGAGCUCGCGGCCGCGCUUUGGGUCGCCUGGCACCUGACCACCGAGGAACGACUCGCCGCGGAGCGCACAAGUCAGGUCCUCAAGAUCCUCGAAGGUCUCCUCCCCUUCAUCGUCAUGCCCUUUCGCUACGCCGCGGGCGAGAUCCCACCCGACUUCUUCUACCCGCCCCUCGGCGUCGGACCUCAGGGCAUGUUCCUCCCGCAGUCCCUCCGCACCGUGCACGGGAACUAUCCUGUCUUCCCGCGAUCGAACCCGCCUCCCUUCUGGCCCUACGUCGGCUACCAGUUCACCUUUCCCCCGCCGCUGCUCUCCGCGGUCGCGAAGCUGCACUGGUUCGCGCGCCGACAGCGGAUUCACAUCCCGAUCCCGCAGUUCCUGGCGAAGACGUAUGCGGAAAGGAAGGCGGCACACGCGGAGCGGGUGGCGAGGGAGGGGUGGGAUGCGGUGGGCGCGAUGGGGGUCCAGUUCACCCAACAAGACAUCCACGAGGUGAACGUGAACAAGGCGGUGCGCCUCCCGUGGCAUCCGUACCCGCUGAGCUUGCCGGCGUCGACUGCGAGCGCGAGUCCAGCCGCGAACGCGAGCCCAGUUGCGAAUGCGAGCGCGAGUCCAGUUGCGAAUGCAGAGAACUCUGGCCCUGUCUUUAACGCGGAGAACGCUGCUCAGGCGGACGCCAGCGUGGCGGGCAACACGAGCACGGCACCGACGACGGACAAUGCGAACGCGGCGUCGACUACGAACGUGGAGGACGCUGCAAACAACGGUCCCUCGGCCUCCGCGGACCAACCUUCGACGUCUACCUCGGCAUCCGCGGACGGUUCUGGGACUUCUACAUCGCCCAAUGCAACGGCCUCGGACGCUCCUUUGGCCUCUACUGCAACUUCGACCACUGACAUCUCCCCGGACACUUACAUUCCACCGCCCGCUUCCCUCGUCGAGCCCUUCCUCAGGCUCGGCCGACAGCCCGCGUUCACGAAGAGCAUGGCGUGGGACACGGAUGCGGCGCGCUGCAUUAUGAGCAACAGUGCGCAUGUUGCUUAUGACCCUAGACACCCGCCGUCACAGCUUGCGGACUCGAUCCGCCUUGGCCAGAUGUACCAGCCCGGCUCGAUGGAGGGGCUCUGGCAGGGGAGGAUGCUGGUCCCCUCCGUCCCCGCUCUCCAAGCGCUGCUCGACACCGACGAGCGGCCGCUCAGCAACGACGUGAUCCACUCCGACACGAUCCAGAUGCGCCCCGUCGUCUUCCGCAUGAAGGAGUUCGCGUGCGCGAUGCCGCUGGGGUGCGGCCGGGUGGACCCGCACCACCACGGGAGCGCGCACUCGGCGCUCGACCCGCGUCUCCCAGCGCACAACGCGCCGCGCUCGGGCUGGCUCCCGCCGGGCACGCGCCUCGUGGUGUCCGAGGACGGGAAGACAUGCAACGCCGUCACGGCCGAUGGACGCGUCUAUCCGUACCGCUCUGUGAACGAGCCCGUCGACCCUGAGACGUGCGAGGGGUGCGUGAUUCGGGAGCGCGUCGGCCGGGAGGGCAUGGAGCGGGUGUUCGAGCAGUAUGGGCUGGGGUUGGGCACGCCUGUGGGCGGCGGACGGGUCGCGAUGGGCCAGAAUGCGCGCGAGGUCGCCGGGCAGGCGUGUGGGCAGUGCGGGGGGCGGAGGCGGAUCCCGACUCGCGACUUCAUGUACGCGUUUGGGAGGCCGGCGCAGGAGGAUGAUGGGUGGGACGUUGGGAGCCCGGACGAUGAGGGCGCGGCGAUGGACGCCACCGAGGACGCGCACGAUGGCAGCCCGAUGGACGUCGGUGCAGAUGCGAAUCAGCACCGCCCGCCCUGCGACUGCCGCACGACCCCGCCGCGCGCGCUCAAGGAGUGCUGCCACACGUCGUCGAUUCUGCUCGUCGGGACCACGGACGAGCGGCAUGCGGCUGCGUGGUUCGACUGGGAGUACUACGGCCGCGUGCGCAGCUGCGAUGGGAUGAUUGGGCUGCUGAGGUUCCCGAAGGCUGGCUCGCCGUUCGCGACGGGCCACUUCCACGCGUCGUACACGUUCUUCUACGGCUACAUCCACGGCGGGCGCAACUUUGUGGGCACCUGGCGCCGUGUGUUCCCGGACGGGACGAUGGGGCCGGUUUUGUUCGGCGAGAAUGGAGAGGAUAUUGGAGGCGCGGGCGAAGGGGGCGCGGAGAUCUUCUUGGAGGGUCCGUUCUCGUUCGCCAAAGUGGAAGAAAAGGCCGAGGAGGAGGAUGACAAGAAGAAGGCCAGGGCGAGUGCUUGA